CUUUUUCCUCUGUUUUUGUUCUUCUUCAAAGUUGAUAUCGAGGAGCGUAAGACACCAAGAAAGGUCCUUUUUUGAUGCGUUUGGAACGAGUUCUUGGAAGGAAUUCGUAUAGGAGAGAAGGAUCAAAAUCUCUCCUUUCUGAUCAGAAUCAUUUCUUUUGAAGAAUUCGUUUUCUCUCUUCCUGUAGAUGGGGCACCAGCCGCAGAAAUCCGAGGCGGAGAUGAGGCUUUUCUCUUCGCCACCAUCACCAUCACCAUCACCUUCGUCUCGUAAAGGUUUGCCUGACAUUGUUGCACAGAGUGAACGAGAUGAGAGGGGGAUGUCAAGUGGAAGAAGAGAUCACGGGCAGGCCAAGCUUUGCGUCAGAGGCCAUUGGAAACCAUCAGAGGAUGCCAAGCUUAUGGAUCUUGUCGCUCGAUACGGCCCCCAAAACUGGAACUUUAUUGCCGACAAGCUAAAUGGAAGAUCAGGAAAGAGCUGCCGGCUAAGGUGGUUCAACCAACUGGAUCCAAAAAUCAACAAGACAGCCUUCAGUGAGGAAGAAGAGGAGAAGCUUGUCGCCUCCCACAGGAUUUACGGGAACAAAUGGGCGCUUAUGGCGAGGCUUUUCCCUGGAAGGACAGACAAUGCCGUCAAGAACCAGUGGCAUGUACUCAUGGCCAGGAAAGAGAGGGAGCAAGGCAGCGGCUGUAGGAGGAGGAAGGCGUUGCCGCAGAGAACGGAGGUGAGCAGUGGGCAUAACAAUGCGUGGAGUGGCGAGUCCUCCAUCACCAGCUCCAGAGAUGAGUCUUCCUCGACUUGCACUGGUAGCAGGGCCAUGCCCUGUUUCUUGAAGGACUUUGGAAUGGCACAGCAGCAACAGCCAUUGCAGCUCUGCUUUGGAAGCGGAUACAGUUUCGGGAAUGAAACUUCUGAAGGAUCAGCAGUCGACCAUUGCAGCAAUGGCUUCCUGCCAAGUGAAACUGAUGGUGAUCGAAAGAAGAAGUGCAUUCCCUUCAUCGAUUUCAUGGGUGUUGGAGUUUAGCUUUUCUUCAAGGAAUGAAUUCAACAAGUCUGCUUCAUGCACAGAGUCACUAAAAAGAAUUAAGAGAGUAAAAAGUGGGAACAAGCACAAGAAGAACGAGAAGAACAAGAAGAAGAAGUGAUCACUGCUUCUGCUUUCUUUUACUGCAUGUUUGAUUUAGAUCAUUCUUUUUAUGAUUCCAAUCUAAAUCUAAAUUACAUAGUAAAAAAUGAUUGGAAUCAACUUGGAUACUGAGUUCAAAAAUUAGAUAUGGAAGGAUCCAAGAGGUAAACAUCAUGUAUUAUUUGUAUUUUAAGUAAAUAUUAAAACAAUAACUUGAACCUCUUUCAUGUUAAAUAA